UUGUUCACGCACAGUAAUAUUUCUUAAUGGAGAUGUAAAACAAAACAGUGUCGGAGAAGCGACUAGUCAGAGGCAUCAAGCAUAAACUUGCAUCGGGAAUCGUUGCAAAGGUUUGCUGCCGUAGCAUUGAGUCAACGGAAUAAGACAGACUCGAACCGGAGACGUGCGACAGUCGUAUUCCGCGCCCAUACGAUACUCGACCCGAAGCUAGCGAGCAUAGCGGUAUCACGUCGUACUCCAGCGUUUCUAUAUCGCGAUAAAUAGCCACAUGUUUCACCGUCCAUUGAAGCAUUGGUUCAGUCGCCACUGCCGUCGCGCACAAUUGCCACGGUAUAUAAGGUCCACAAAUGCCAGCGAGCAAUCAUCGAAGCGAGUGCAGCACGGCCGCAGUUCGUAUACUUGCCAGUGCUCCGAAAGAAUAAUGCGCGUCGCGCUUGAGGGGAGCAUUCGCUUUGUCUCGUCCGGCAGCUAUCUCGUCCGCAGUGUUGCUGGAAAUUUUCAGUCGCAGCAGCCACGAGAGACUUAGAUGGCCACAGCAGAGUUACCUCGCUCGAGUGUCUAAGUGUAUGAACGCGUGCGAUUCAUCAUGAGCGAGAUGACGCUACUUCAACCGAUUCUGGCCUCCAUCGCGGCGCUACUCCUCGUCACAGCUCUGUUACUCUCGGAAAAAAUACGCAAGAUCAUUUUCAUUUUGUACAAGACCUUGCCCAGGGAUAUUUUAGGAGCCUUUCGAUUUUUAAAAGUUAAUACUCUUCUGUGGUGGUGGGAAACAAGAAAUUUGACAGUGGCAAGAAUCUUUUCUAAACUAGUCCAAUCUCACCCGGAAAAAAUUGCAUAUAUUUUUGAAGAUAAAAAAUGGACGUACCGAGAGCUAGACGAAUUCAGUAAUCGAAUCGGACGGUACUUUCAAUCACAAACCCUUGCAAAAGGUGAUAGUGUUGCUCUAAUAAUGGAAAACAGAGUAGAGUAUGUCGGCACUUGGCUAGGUUUGAGUAAGGCUGGCUUUGUAACUGCACUCGUAAACAUAAACUUGCGAGGUGACGUGCUUGUUCAUAGUAUAAAUGUUGCUGAUUGUAAAGCCAUCAUUUUCAGUGGCGAAUACGCUGAAGCCAUUGCAGAAAUCAAAAACAGAAUUCCAGAGUUGACCUUAUAUCAAUGGUCGGAACAUAUCGAUACAAGACUAUUGGAAGGAGCGGCUGAUCUCAGUUGUGGCUUGAAUAAAUUUGAACCACAACCACUUUAUGCCGAUAUGGCUCUUAGUCGUCCGAGAGAUAAACUCAUUUACAUUUACACAUCUGGAACUACGGGAAUGCCUAAAGCGGCUGUUAUCAAUAAUUUAAGGUAUAUGCUCAUGACAUGCGGAGUAUACUCCAUGUUGGGUCUUCAAUCAUCCGAUCGUAUUUAUGACUCUUUACCACUUUACCAUACAGCUGGUGGUAUAGUGGGAGCUGGACAGGCUCUUUUGCGUGGAGUUACAGUUGUUCUUCGCAGACGCUUUAGUGCUUCCAAUUUUUGGCCAGAUUGCCUAAAGUACGAAUGCACGGUGGCCCAAUAUAUAGGUGAAAUAUGCCGUUAUCUUCUUGCUGUACCUCUAAAUCCGGCAGACAAUUCUCACAAAGUGAGGCUUAUGUAUGGAAACGGGUUGAGACCUCAAAUAUGGAAGCCAUUUGUAGAAAGAUUCAAAGUUAAACAAAUAGGCGAGUUUUACGGAGCUACUGAAGGCAACUCUAAUCUAGUAAACAUCGAUAAUAUGAUUGGCGCAGUUGGCUUUGUGCCACGUUAUGCAGGAUCCUUAUAUCCUGUAGCUCUUCUUAAAGUCAACGAAGUAACAGGGGAGCCGAUUCGAGGCCCUGAUGGUUUAUGCAUUAUCUGCGAACCAGGUGAGCCAGGCGUUUUCGUUGGCAAAAUUAACCCCAAAAAAGCUGUGAACGAUUUUAGUGGCUACAUCGAUAAAAAGGCCUCGGAAAAAAAAAUCAUUCGUGAUGUUUUUAAAAAAGGCGAUAAAGUUUUUAAUUCAGGAGAUAUACUAGUGAUGGAUGAAUAUGGAUAUUUUUAUUUCAAAGACAGAACGGGUGAUACAUUCAGAUGGAGAGGAGAAAACGUAGCUACUUCAGAAGUAGAAGCUGUUAUUAGCAAUGUAAUAGGCUUAAAAGAUGCAGUUGUUUAUGGUGUUGAGGUACCUGGAAAUGAAGGUAAGGCUGGUAUGGCAGCCAUUUAUGAUCCUGAUGAAAGUGUUAAUUUGCAAAAUUUAGCCGAUGGUGUAAAAAAAGCUUUACCAACAUACGCAAGACCAUUAUUUGUCAGAGUCCUUGCUAGUCUUCCCAUGACAGGAACUUUCAAACUAAAGAAAAAAGAUUUACAAGACGAAGGAAUCAACAUUCAUAAGAUCAAGGACCCAGUGUAUAUUUUAGAAAAAACAGGAAAAUAUAAAAGAGUAACUGAAGAUGUAUAUAGAGAUAUACUUGAGGAAAAAAUUCGUUUAUAAUUGAUGUAAUAUACUUUUUACAAUUAAUCUAUAUUUUUUUAAUAGUCUGACAAAGCAAAGCCAUUUUACGAAAAAACUAUGAUUAAAUCAACAAUCAGCGAUAUUUUCGUAUUGUCUGAAUAAUGUAUAAAUAAUAAAGUAAUUUUAUGUAAAUUUAAUGGCAUGAAAGUUGAGGUAAUAUUGUAAAUGAGGGAUGUUAUUAAAUUGUUACUUGGUAUGGUGCCUUUUUCCUUCUUGGAAUAAUAAAUUUAUCAUAAUGGUU